GAGGCUCUCUGGUUCUCCCAUUCGUCAGACAGCCACUUCUUCUAGUGCAGUGCCAGGUGCAAACACGCAAAAACCGCAUCCCCGAGGCACCAUGGUGAAAGUGAAGGUCGGAAUAAACGGUUUUGGUCGUAUUGGGCGCCUGUUCACCAGGGCUGCUUUUAACUCUGGCAAAGUGGAUAUUGUCGCCAUCAAUGACCCCUUCAUUGACCUCAACUACAUGGUCUACAUGUUCCAGUAUGAUUCCACCCAUGGCAAAUUCCAUGGCACAGUCAAGGCUGAGAACAGGAAGGUUGUCAUCAAUGGAAAUCCGAUAACUAUCUUCCAGGAGCGAGAUCCCGCCAAAAUCAAAUGGGGUGAGGCAGGAGCAGAUUAUGUUGUGGAGUCCACUGGUGUCUUCACCACCAUGGAGAAGGCUGGGGCUCACCUAUAGGGGGCGCCAAAAGGGUCGUCAUCUCUACCCCUUCUGCUGAUGCCCCCAUGUUUGUGAUGGGUGUGAACCAUGAGAAGUACGAAAACAGCCUCUGCAUUGUCAGCAAUGCCUCCUGCACCACCAACUACUUAGCCCCCUUGGCUAAGGUCAUCCAUGACAACUUCGGCAUUGUGGAGGGACUCAUGACCACAGUCCAUGCCAUCACUGCCACCCAGAAGACUGUGGAUGGCCCCUCUGGGG